AUGAAAUUUUCUCAAGUAUCUCUACUAGCUGCUGCUGUCGCUACCGCUAACGGUGCAGCUGUUACUGUCACCCAGCAUGUGCACCAGGAAAGCGUUGUGAGUGUGCAAGGUGUAGUUUACGUUGAAAACGGUCAAACUCACACUACUUACAGUGUCAUUGGAGGUGCCACAAAUUCAGCUGAAGCUCCAGUCUCAACUACUUUGCUAGCUUCCACUUCUGCUUCUACGAGUCUGGACCCAACUUCUGCCGUUCAAACCACUUCCCCAACAAAGGACACUACUACGUUGACUCCAACAACUUCGAGCUCCAGUUCCACUAAACAGACAAAGAGCUCCACUUCGAGCUCCACUUCAGCUCAACAAAGUUCGACUUCUACUGCAUCCUCAGGCUUUGCCUCUACCAUCCUAAAAGCUCACAACGACAAAAGAGCUCUACACAAGGACACUUCAUCUCUAACGUGGUCUGAUGAAUUGGCUAGUUACGCACAGGCUUAUGCUGACAAGUACGAUUGUUCAGGUACUCUAACCCACUCUGGUGGUAAAUACGGUGAAAACCUGGCCGCAGGUUACGAUGCCGCUGGAUCCGUCAACGCUUGGUACGACGAAAUCAAGGAUUACGAUUACAGUAACCCAUCAUACUCAUCUGCCACUGGCCAUUUCACCCAAGUCGUCUGGAAGGGCAGCACCCAACUCGGAUGCGGUAUCAAAAAUUGCAACAACGCCUGGGGCAACUACGUCAUCUGCAGUUACAGUCCGGCAGGUAACGUUAUCGGCAAGUUCCCAGACAACGUCCAGCCAUUGAACUAA